UCUACAUCCAAAAUGAUACCCUGUGGACCAGCUUUGUCAUUUGUUCGGUGUCUGUUGCGGAGGAAAAUUGUUACUUUGGACAGUCUGGAAGAUUCCAAGUUAUGCCGAUGUUUAUCCACUGUGGACCUCAUUGCUUUGGGCGUAGGGAGUACCCUUGGUGCUGGUGUUUAUGUGCUUGCUGGAGAAGUAGCAAAAGCAGACUCCGGACCCAGCAUUGUUCUUUCUUUCCUCAUUGCUGCCUUAGCAUCGGUAAUGGCAGGUCUUUGCUAUGCUGAGUUCGGUGCUCGUGUUCCCAAGACUGGCUCUGCCUAUUUGUAUACUUACGUAACUGUUGGUGAACUUUGGGCUUUUAUCACUGGCUGGACUCUCAUUUUAUCAUAUGUUAUAGGUACAGCAAGUGUAGCAAGAGCAUGGAGUGGCACCGUUGAUGAAAUUGUUGGAAAACGAAUUGGUCAUUUUUUCACAACAUAUUUCAAAAUGAACUUUCCUGGUCUAGCAGAGUAUCCAGACGUCUUUGCAGUGUGCCUUAUACUGCUUCUGUCAGGUCUUCUGUCUUUUGGAGUCAAGGAAUCUGCAUGGGUGAAUAAAAUCUUCACUGCUAUUAACAUCUUGGUCCUCUUCUUUGUUAUUAUUUCUGGCUUUGUAAAAGGAAACGUUGAUAACUGGAAAAUAAGUGAAGAAUAUCUCAUCAAUCUCACCUUAGAAACACAAAAUUAUUCUUACUUUGAAAACAUAACAAGCACGUAUGGGACUGGUGGUUUUAUGCCAUAUGGUUUCACGGGAACAUUGGCGGGUGCUGCAACCUGCUUUUAUGCUUUUGUGGGAUUUGAUUGCAUUGCUACAACUGGGGAAGAGGUCAGAAAUCCUCAGAAAGCCAUACCUAUUGGAAUUGUGAUUUCCCUUCUGGUCUGUUUUAUGGCCUAUUUUGGCGUGUCAGCUGCUUUGACUCUUAUGAUGCCAUACUACCUUCUAGAUGAGACUAGUCCCCUCCCUGUAGCAUUUGAAUAUGUUGGAUGGGAUCCUGCAAAGUAUGUUGUGGCUGUGGGAUCCCUCUGCGCUUUAUCCACAAGUCUUCUCGGCUCUAUGUUCCCUUUACCCCGAAUUCUGUUUGCCAUGGCACGAGAUGGUUUACUGUUUAGUUUUCUUGCCAAAGUGAGUAAAAGGCAGACACCAUUUGCUGCCACCUUGACAGCAGGGGUCAUCUCUGCUGUUAUGGCAUUUCUUUUUGACCUCAAGGCUCUAGUGGAUAUGAUGUCUAUUGGUACACUUCUUGCAUACUCACUGGUAGCAGCCUGUGUUCUUAUUCUUAGGUACCAACCCAGUUUAACCUACGAGCAACCAAAGUAUUGUCCAGAGAAAGAGGUUCUGCCAGGAUCAGAAAGGGAAUCUACAAUAAGUGAAUCACAGGUUAAUAUGCUACAAAGGAACCGCUUCAGUCUUCAAACACUGAUUAAUCCAUCCAGUCUGCCUACAGAGCAAUCAGCUACCACUGUCAAUUGUUUGGUGGGUCUCUUAGCUUUUCUGGUUUGUGGCUUGAGCAUUCUGAGCACAUACGGGAUUAAUUCUAUUGCCAAUAUGGAGGUCUGGAGUAUGGCUCUUCUUGCUGUAUUAGCGCUACUUUUCAUUGUCACUGUUCUCAUCAUCUGGAGACAGCCUCAGAGCCAGCAGCAAGUGGCCUUUCUGGUUCCACUCUUGCCAUUUUUGCCAGCUCUCAGUAUCCUGGUGAAUAUUUACUUGAUGGUACAAUUAAGCGGAGAUACCUGGAUCAGGUUUAGCAUCUGGAUGACCCUUGGCUUCCUUAUUUACUUUGGUUAUGGUGUCAGACACAGUAUUGAAGGUCUCCAUAGAGAUGAGGGAGAUGAAGAUUCUUGCUCAGAAAAUAGUGGAUUACAAGAAAAAAGACCAGUGGAAGAAGCAGAUGAAAAUGAAAAUGCAAGUGAAAGUGCUCAGUUUAUUAUAAAUGAAAGGACAAGUGAAUGUUAAUUUUUGUCAACAACCUUAGCAUGGAUGUCUUUUAAAAUAGCAAACUGUGACUGAAUAUAGUUGCUGAAUGGAAUUGUCAAGCAUUUUCUGCCAACAGAUUAACAAUUUAUUUUCCCAUAUUUUGAAAGUGUCUACCACCAUGUGGCUGAUAUGUUGGACUAGCUGCUGAGCCAUCUUGGUUCCUUUAUACUCAGUAACAUGAACUUCUCCUUCAAUGAUAACUGAUAUCUCAAAUAAAAAUACAAGGAAGAUAAGAUGAUAAAAAACCUUCCAAAGGGAAGUACACUUUGAUACGCUAACAUUGUGGAAUGUUUUGUUUGUACCAUCAUAUAAUAGCAGUUGGCAAUCACAAUGUAUAAAAAAAAUUGAAAACAGAGAAAAGGGCUCUGAUCACUUUUCAUUGUGUGGUGAAAACAAGUGCCUUUCAUAUGUUCUUGUUAUCCUUAUGCCCGUUAAAAUAUUUUGGUCAGAGUAUAUUCUUUGAACAAUUUCAGCCUUCUAUCAUUAUAGUAUUAAAUAUCUUAUUUUUUUGCAAGUAACUCCCAUGAUGAUAGAUUGAAAGCAGGACUAAAAAAUAUUUUGCAAUGUCAAUGGCAUGAAUCAAACACUUUUUACAAAGUAGAAUAUCAUAUAUUUAUAUGAAAAUGGUAACGAAAUAUUUACUUAUACUUGCCAGUUAGUAGGCAAGGAUAAUUAAGGCUACUAAUAUGCUUAUGAGCCUUAACAACUUUUUGAAAGGGUAUUUAAGAUUUUUUUGCUUAAUGUACUUAUUUUUUUUCUUUUUCAAUGUUGCUCCAAGUGCUAAAAAAAAUCAAAUGCAAAACUGGUGCCAUUUGCCUGUAGAAACUAGGACAUAAUGGGUAUAUCAUUAUUCUUGGAGUGAUACCUCGGUGCUACUGAAUUCAGUAAGAAUUUUGCCAUUGACUUCAGCAGAGCCAGAACUUUACCUUGAAUGCCUUAUUAGUGCUUAAAUCAGCGUAAAUAAAAUCUUCUGCCUUCAUUGCUAA